AUGGAUACUAUUAACCCAAGCUCGGACAGUCUGGAAGCCACGUCUUCACAUCGGGGCCCGACUUACCCCGUUGAUUUUAUCAUGGACGUCCAGCUUCAAACGAAGAAUGGCACAGAUUUACCUCUGUAUAACAAGACAUUGGAGCUUCAAAAACGAAAAGCAAAACAAACUGAUCCAUUUCCUCCGGACACCAUGCCUCCGAGUAUCAAACGAAAUGAGGGCAACAGGUCAGAUGUAUUCGAUUCUGAAAAAGAAGACUACUGGCUCUUUUAUGUUCACCUCAACAAUUCAGAACUUGAGAUCGCCAUAGGAGGGGAAGAACCAAUCUUUGUCACUUCGAGACCAAAUUGGAACACGAUCACCGAUAAGGACGAGAAUGAGCAGGUGGUGCUCAAUGAAGGCGGAGAACGUUAUGGACUAUCCUGGCAAUACGGGGCAUACGGUCGAUGUUUUGACCGAUUUGUGGCUGUUCGGACACCCAAGAUGGACAACCCGGCCAUCUCUCUGCGUGUCCAUGGCCACUACGGAGGUGUCCACUGGGUUGGACUCUUCACUAAAACGGGUGUCGACAACACCAACCAUUUCAUUGCAGUACGAACCUCCAAUCGCCUCCUCCCCGACUAUGCCGAGCGGACAAAACAGUACCCUGGUUACAGAGACUGGUACACCGAGGAUGGUCCUGUCAAUAUCCUGGAUUGCGCCCUGACGCUGUUCCCUAAGCAGUUGUAUGGUACAACAACGAACUCCCCUGAACUGUACAGUAAAUUUGUCACCCAAGACCCAUAUAAUAAGGUCGGAGUCGAGCACUUUGAGCAUGUCCUGCGGGAAACGAAUGGACGUCCUCCAUGGCCUAAGCGAUAUACCUGGGCGGCUCGUGGAACGACUUGGAUUCGUAUCCAUCCUAAAUUCUCACCGCCACUGGCUAUUAGUGACGAGUGGUUUGACUAUGUGUCAGGGAUCAUGUUGAAUCACAAAGCUGAAAGUAAAGGGUGGGAAGUACUCUUUCGCGUGCUUGGCGCUUUGUCAGACAUCCUCAAAGGUGUUUUCACUAUCAGUGUCGCUGAAGUCGUUGGAGGUAUAAUCAAGUUUGGUGGAGCUUUGACUGAGACAGACAUGCAUCAAAAUGCCGAUGUCGACGGUUUCGUCACUUCUAUCACUGGAUUCAUAGACGCGGGGAACAAGAAGCGUCGAGACAGUAAGAAAAAGCCGGCUGAAAAACCAAACACUACCAACAUUUUGGUUUUGAUACAACACAUCGAGGCCGGUAGAUAUUCUACUCGUGAUCUGGGUAGCAAAUCCGUCGAUUCCGAGUAG